UUUGAGGGAAUGCUAACAUUUGCGUGCUUGUAAAUUAUGUCCCUAUAAACAACAACACUAAAACGGGAUCCUUACGAUCUGUCUUCCCCUCUCUCUCUUUCUCUCUCUCUCCCCCCUGUUAUUCUCACUCACACGGUAUUUUUGACGUGUAUGCUAUAUAUACAUUACUCGGUGAAUUAAACUUAAUGUGUCUCAUGGCGUGAGUCCAUAUCAUCACCAGAGAGUCUGACCCUCAACAUAAACCCGUGGAUAUAUUAUUCGCGUCGGAAUUCCACUAAAAUACACAAGUGAAUUUUGGGCGAUUUUCCUAUCGGAUCUGGUGUUUUGAAGGAUUAAAAAAACUGAAAACUGGCUCUGGAUGGAUUUUUUCUUUUUUUCCUUGUGCACUCUCUUUGAUAUUUUGAUGUCACGUACGUAUCUUACAACCAAAUCACGUACUGUGGGAUUUCUCCGUUUGUCUAGAUUCUACUGAGACACCUGUGACUUCGGAAGUUUGGGAUUAUUUCUUCAGUCUGAGCGCUGAAUUUACUGUCAGAGCAAAGCGGUGAGGUGUUUCUCAAAAAGUGAUGGCGUCUUCAGCACCUUCUUCCUCGGCUGGUGAUAUGGAUCCAAACACGGCUAAUUUACGGCAACCUGCCACAACCUGUGACGCGUGGUAUGGGGUUGCUCACGGAUGCACGAGGAAACUGGGCAUGAAGAUAUGCGGUUUCCUGCAGAAGAACAACAGUUUGGAUGAGAAGAACCGUUUGGUGGGCGCCUUCAAGGAGAGCGCAAAGAACCAAAUGUCCUGCGACAACAGUGAAAGCUUCCGACACACAGAGACAGACUUCUCCAACCUGUUUGCUCGAGAUCUGCUGCCAGCAAAAAAUGGAGAGGAACCCACAAUCCAGUUUCUUCUUGAGGUAGUGGACAUCCUCACCAAUUAUGUGCGCAAGACCUUCGACAGAUCCACCAAAGUGCUGGACUUCCAUCACCCGCACCAGCUGCUGGAGGGGAUGGAGGGCUUCAACCUUGAGCUGUCUGAUCAACCAGAGUCUCUGGAGCAGAUUCUAGUGGACUGCAGAGACACACUCAAGUAUGGAGUCAGAACAGGUCAUCCCAGAUUUUUUAACCAGCUUUCUUCUGGUCUGGACAUCAUUGGUCUUGUUGGAGAAUGGCUCACCUCCACUGCCAACACUAACAUGUUCACAUAUGAGAUUGCCCCUGUGUUUGUUCUAAUGGAGCAGCUGACCCUCAAGAAGAUGAGAGAGAUCAUUGGCUGGCCUAACGGAGAUGGCGAUGGACUUUUCUCACCAGGUGGCGCUAUAUCAAACAUGUACAGCGUGAUGGUUGCUCGGUACAAGUACUUCCCAGAAGUCAAAACUAAAGGCAUGUCUGCUGCACCACGACUGGUGCUUUUCACAUCUGAACAUAGUCAUUAUUCAAUCAAAAAGGCAGGAGCUGUUCUGGGCUUCGGUAAAGAAAACGUCAUCCUACUGAAGACAGAUGAGAGGGGGCGUGUUAUACCGGCUGACCUAGAGGCCAAGAUCAUUGAUGCCAAACAGAAGGGUUAUGUGCCACUGUUUGUGAAUGCAACAGCUGGAACCACGGUUUACGGAGCAUUUGAUCCCAUCAACGACAUUGCUGACAUCUGCGAGAAGUACAACCUUUGGCUACAUGUUGAUGGUGCAUGGGGUGGAGGACUGUUAAUGUCUAGGAAACACCGUCACAAGUUAAGUGGCAUUGAGAGGGCAAACUCUGUCACGUGGAACCCUCAUAAGAUGAUGGGUGUACCAUUACAAUGUUCAGCCAUUUUGGUGAGAGAUAAGGGUAUUCUGCAGGGCUGCAACUCCAUGUGCGCUGGAUACCUCUUCCAACCAGACAAACAAUACGAUGUGACUUAUGACACAGGAGACAAGGCCAUCCAGUGUGGCAGACAUGUAGACAUCUUCAAAUUCUGGCUCAUGUGGAAAGCCAAGGGAACAAUCGGGUUUGAACAACAUAUUGACAGAUGUUUGGAGCUGUCGGAAUAUCUCUACAACAAAAUCAAGAACCGUGAGGGGUAUCAAAUGGUGUUUGAGGGCCAGCCCCAGCACACAAACGUUUGCUUCUGGUAUAUUCCACCGAGCUUGCGAGGCAUGCCAGAUGGUGAUGAACGAAGGGAAAAGCUACACAGGGUGGCGCCCAAGAUUAAAGCAAUGAUGAUGGAGUGCGGUACAACCAUGGUAGGAUACCAGCCUCAGGGAGACAAAGUCAACUUCUUCCGAAUGGUCGUCUCCAAUCGUGCCACCACCAUGUCUGACAUCGAUUUUCUCAUCGAUGAGAUCGAGAGGCUGGGUCAAGACUUGUAAGAGCACCACUCUGCUGGGUGGAGGCUGGAAUUGCAGCACCAUGUCUGCAUGUUUAAUGGCUAUGUUUUGACAUUGUGUUGUGGUCCAGUGUGCUCUGCUCUCCUUCUCUAUAUCAUUAGAUUUUAAGUUUACAGAUAACGUAGCCUCUAUAGCCACACAGUCACCUUACAAUGUAGUUUUACUCUAUUGGGAAUCAUACUCUGAUAUCUGUAACAGUCGGUGCUUCGAUUUGUAAAUACAAUAUAAAUACAAGCAAGGCACAGCACCCUUUUAAUUAAACUCAAACCCCUUUCUGUGUAGUGGUGGGGUCUGUGUGAUUGUUAACCAGUGGUUGUAAUACGAUCUGUACUUCAGUGUUGUGUUCCUAGCCUUAAUUAACCUUGUAGUAGGUCAUGUAAAGUGUUUUAAACGGCACCUUUGUGAGGUGACACAUAAGUAUUACAUUUUCAUCUUGAAAUGUUCAACUGACAGAAAUAUAUAAACAAAGAAAGUUAUUUAUAUUGUGACCUGAGCAGUGUACAAAGUUUCCCAUUUGUAACAUCUCUUCAUUUGUAUUCUAAGAAAUAUUAUAUAAUCAAAUAAGUUUAGGUUUAUGUUUAGAGUCUAGUAUAGUGUAUUUGUGAGCCAAAGACAGAACUAGUGCCAUACAUCUUACAAUAUACUCUUUGAGAUAAGCAAGCAAGCAUAGACACCAAUCAGCCACAACAUUAAAACCACCUGCCUAAUAUUGUGUAGGUCC